CUUCAUCACCCAGGCCAGAGGGAAGGGGAUGGCACGUGGAAGGUGUUGAGGGACGACGCAGACUGGCCCGGGGAGGGGCUGUGAGCAGUUUUGCAUCGCUGGAGAGGUGAGUGCGUGCGGUCCGAUGCUGGGAGGGGAAGGAGAGCAGGGCGGGUCAUUCCACCAUUGGACCUUGGACAACAGCCUGAGGGUUUGAGUUUGAUCUGGAGGUCAGAGGCCGGUGAGGAGUCCUCGAGGAACUUUUGAUCUCCAAGCGGAUGAUCACAAGCACAGCAGAUGUCUGGGUUGUGUGGAAGCUGGUUGGAGAGGGGCCUCAAGUGACACAGCCUCGCAGUGGGCCCAAUGACUCCCAUGACUUCAACACGGUGAUGCGUAGAAAUCUUUCGAGCUGUUCGCCACGAGGCUGAUAGGAUAUGAAAACAUCUGCAACUUCUUUUGGUGACGAGGACCCAGGUUUUACUGAUACCUGUGUGCUUGUGGCUUGCAGUGAGCACCGAAGAAAACAAAGAAAACGAAGAAAAACGCUAACGUUCAGUUAGAGGUCCUCUGAAUUCUGUUCAGGAACUCCUUGGGAGGCUGUGACCCAAGGUUCAGAAGCCCUGGCCCCAGGGCUCCGGUUUCCAUUGUUUGUUGAUUUCUUCCUUCCUAUUGUUCUUAAAUGACCCAGAGCCAAUUCUCAUUUAGUCCGUAGGCAAUGAAACUGAUAAUAGUGAUCACGUUCCAGGCGGGGGCAGGGAGGCCCUGGGACACGCACUGCUUUGUAGUUUGUGGGACAAGGACCUCCCGGUGGAGCUGGAAGGGAACACUAGCGCCCUUGGAGUCAGAUCAAUCCAAAGAUGGAGGUAGAGCACCUCAGGGGAGGGUGCCAGCUCAGCACUGACCUCGGUCCAGAGAGCGGCCCGUAUUCACCACGCGCACACACACCCACGCACGCACAGCUGUACACACGGUACGGAAAAUGGUGACACUGGCAUCCGCUGGAGCGAGAAGCAGGGCGAGGCCCCAGUCACGAGGCACCUGGCGUGGGACCCUCUCCUACAGUCGCUCAGCAGCGGGCUGCCCCGCCCACCUGCCUCACCCCCUCUGGCCCCCGCCGCACAGCUUGCCAGCUUUCUUCUCCCUGGGGGAGGCAAGUUCAUUGUUAGCGCUUGUCACCCCGUUUUUCUUGCGUCGCCUUUGUCUCCUGGGGUGCCUGCCUGCCUAGUUCAGGGCCUCCCCGCUUCCUGCUCUUUCUUCUGUGCUCCCUCUGUCAGCGAAAGUAACCCUUAUCUGGCUAAAACGUGUCAAGAACACCGCUGAAAUCCACCUGUACACAGGAAUAGGAAGAGCUCUAAGGCCCAGAGAAAUCAGAGCCAGCAACCAGGAAUUCCUGGGCCUGACAUGUGGGAGGCGCUCAGCGAGUGUUUGCUUAAUCGAGUUACCGGGUAAAGAGCCCCGAAAGCUCCCCAAAGCCUCUUCUGGCAUUUCCAGCAAGGUCACCAUGUAUCCCUCACCUUCUCUAAUUAAGCUGGCUUUUCCUCAAGUGCCCGCUGUCCAAGGUGAACAAAAUGUUUUCAACCAGUGUUGCUGGUUUUGUUUGCAACAGUAUUUCUCAGUAUCAUGCUUCACGCGCUGUGUGGGGUAAUUAGUUUUGUGCCGAAGGAAGGGAGUGAGCAUGGGAGGCGGGGGCGGGACGGGGGUGGUCAGCCACCAUCCACUGUCGUCUCGUGGAAGGCGGCCCGUGUGAGGGGGCAUCUGUACCGGGCACCCAGAGCCCACGGGACUCUUUCAGGAACCCCUCCAGCACCCAGCACGAUCCUGCUUUCUUCCUCCGGGGCUGGAGCCAGUCAGCGUCCCGAUGUGUUCAUUUUUAUUGGUUUUGAUGGUGAUUUGAUGUCAUCAGGGAUUCAGGUCUCACGUUCGUCCCUGCGAUCAUCUGAAUAGCACUGGUGACGGGGAAGGGAAGAGCAGAGACAGGCACCCAUAGGCAGCCUGGAUCGGACCGUAUAAAUCUGGGAGGAGGGAGGGGGCCGGACAGCCUGGCCUUCCCAGCUGGCACACGAGGCUGAGUGGAAGCCAGCGACAGGCAGUGGAGCGGGAGGCGUUGUGCCUUCACCCCAAGUGACCAUGAAAGGGGCCAUGCGAGUCUCAAUCAUGUUCCUUCUGGUGACUGUGUCGGACUGUGCCGUGAUCACAGGGGCCUGUGAACGGGAUGUGCAGUGUGGGACGGGCACCUGCUGCGCCAUCAGCCUGUGGCUGCGUGGGCUUCGGAUGUGCACCCCGCUGGGGCGGGAAGGAGAGGAGUGUCACCCGGGCAGCCGUAAGGUCCCCUUCUUCAGAAAACGCCAGCACCACACCUGCCCCUGCCUGCCCAACCUGCUGUGCUCCAGGUGCCCGGACGGCAGGUACCGCUGCUCCACGGACUUGAAAAACAUCAACUUUUAGGAGCCUGGCUGUUGUCGGCACACACGCUGGGCCUCUGCAUGAGAACAGCCCGUGGGGGGCGGGGGGGUCUCUUAUGGAUUUUGAUUUCUGCCACGUGGCCCAGCUUCCCCACCGCCCCGUCCCCAGGCCCCAAGCUGCCUCGCCCCAUCCCUGCUUCCUAGCCCACAUCUGUGCAUUCAUGCAGACACCCGCACACGGUCCGCCAGGCUGGCCUGAGGUUGUCCCAGCCGAGGGCCGUGGUCCUGGCAGCAGCUGUUCCGGCUGGCUGAGGGGUUGUACGUGAUCGGAAGGACACUGUUUUCCCUUAGCUCCUGCCUCACUCACCUGUCUGCUCCUUAGAGGUGACUUGUCCUCCUCCCCGGGCCCAUCUGUCCCUCCUCCCCCAUGCUCUCUCUGCCUGAACCUGCACAGCCCCUUGGGUGCCCUGCUCUGCGUCUCUGGCCUGAGCCUCAGGCCCUUUCUGUGAGGCCUGUGACUGUCAACCCGGGAGUCGGUCAUCUUCCUUUGACUGACCAACCCCUCGGUUGUAGGCCACAGGCCCAAGGUCAGCCCUUCCCGGGGCGCAGUAGGCGGUGACCUCAUGGCAGGCGCGGGGAGCCACCAGGCCAGUGCUGCAUGGCCUCCGAACCCCUCCCAGCACGCCUUACCAGUUAAGCAGGGAAGCCCCCAAUUCCUACUACCUCGCUCUAAAAUGCAAGCGGCGGCCGUUCGAUCUAAUCAGCUACUGAUGUUUUAGGAGGCAAUUAGGGAGUAACCUCAAAGAGCUCCUUCCCAAGGAUCGGUCCCUGGGAGCAUGUCUGUGACCUUGAGGACCAAGGGCUUCUGCCCAGCUGGUGGGGGGUGGGGGUGUCAGGUGGGAGGGGAGGCAGCAGGCAGGGACACUGACUUUGGAUACAGGCGUGCAACCACCACCGCGGGCCCAGGCCGCACAGGCACCACACCCAGAGACAGCGUCUUCUCCAGACAGUGAGGGCUUCCUGAAGUUCAAAGCUGUCUGUCUGGGAGUUGUGUCACUGGCCUCCGUUGUCAUCCAAAACACAGUUGCUCUAAGCCCCUCGCAUCUGGACCCUGCCCCAGGCCCACCCGGGACAGCGUGGUGAUGCCCGAGGCUGCAGAAUAAAAGCAUGAACAAGGGGCGA